AUGUGGUUGGCCAUGCAGCGUAACGGAGCAAAGGAAACAGAAAAUGCUCUGCGAUAUUCUCCACAGCUUUCUGUCGAGGAGAAGGGGUACGACAUGACCUCACCGCCUCUCUUCCUAAUGGAAUACCUUCCUCACGCGUCAAAGGAGAAGCCGUGUUACUCACUGCCUACAGUAAAGAAACUCUUGGAGGAGAAGCGAAAGCAAGAAACAUCCUCAGCACCCUCAGCUUGUGCUGUUGCAACCAGUAUCCCUGGUGCCGCCGCGCCAAUACCACUAAGAGUCUCUUCUUUCUCACUAGGUGCCAACAGUAGUUACUCAGACAUGGCGGCAACAAGAUAUGAGCAGUGGGACUUACCUCUGACCCACCAAUCGUUCGCUUUUCAGGACGGCUUUUCCUCGAUGAAUUAUAUGACAAAUUCAUCCAGUUAUGUCAAUUAUGUACCUGUUACAGUACCCAGCUCUUGCUUACCCUCUGCAGAACUUCAGGUUCCCAACUUAAGUCUACUGCAGGACUGUCAGGACGGCCAGAUCUCACAGCAGUUUUCUAAUGCAGAAAGCCCAGACCCCUCUGUCAUGCCCGGUGCCAGCGCUGCCCCAAUGGGUGUUCAAAACUUUGCUAAUUCAUGGUCGCCAUCACUCAGAGCUCAGACAUCCUUCAGGCCCCAGAUGGACCGGGUCAAGCUGGAAGAGGCACGAGUGAUCCUGCGGACCAUGGACUACAACAGGACCGUGUGGCAGGACGAUGAUGGAGACACGAUGUUGCACAUCUACACCGCCAAGGGCCAGCGGGAAUAUGCCUUUGCUGCAGCAGAGAAACUGAAAGAGCUUGGCACACUGGACUCCAAGGAGCACAAGGGAAAGACUGCUUUGCUGGUGGCGGUGACGGCCAAUCAGCCAGAUAUUGUGCUGGACCUGCUGUCUUUGGGUGCUGAUAUCUGCAUCUGUGACAUCAAAGGUCAAACGGCACUGCACCUCGCAGCCACGUACGGCUAUCCGCAGGUCAUGGAGGUGAUUCUUUCUAUGAAACACUGCCUGGACUUGGAGGCCCGCAAUUUUGAAGGCCUAACACCAUUGCACUGCGCUGUAAUCUCCCACAAUGCCACGAUGAAGACUAUUGCUUUCACAUCAUCCUCUUCCUCGGCUUGGUUAACUGAUGGCAGUCUGCAAUCCCAGGCUAAUAAUAAACUCUUCUGCCUUAAGAUGUUGCUGAAUGCUGGAGCUUCUCCAAUCAGCCAGGAAAUCAAAAGCAACAAGACUGUUCUUCAUCUGGCUGUGAAGGAGGGGAAUAUUGAGCUGGUGCAUUUUUUCCUGAAACUCCAGCUCCCUGACAUGCAGGCCUUCAUCAACAUGAAGGCACAUGGGCACACAGCUUUGCACAUGGCAGCAGGGUUACAUGGAAAUCCCUAUCAGGAGGAACUGAUCAGGCUACUGCUGAGCAGAGGAGCUGAUCCGAGCAUCCGCAACCUGGAAAACGACCAGCCUGUGCACCUGUUGCAAAGUGGAGAACAAGGAGAGAAGCUCAAGCUCAUCUUAAAGAAGAGAAACGCCUCAUCUAGGCGCCGUAUCGCAUCCUUACAGGACCAAGAAUGA